ACAAUAUCCCUUCCUUUCUCCGCUCUCAUCUUGAGCGUUAUUCAACUCUAUCGGCCCUAGGGACGGGCUGCUUACUACUUUCUCUCGUCUCAGGGCUCUGCAGGGCGGCCAUACGACGAUUUGUUACACCCUUCCAGCAUCUAUGCCAUUUCCGUAGACCAACAUGCAGCCAGAAGCCACGCCCGCCUUCGUACCGCACCUGUGUCAACGGUUUAGCUCUCUAAUCUGGUCUUGCGUCGACGCUGGGCUCCAUCGGUCGGCCAUCUUCUAUGCGGAGCGGUACUUCGCGCUUGAUCAGCACAACCAUGACGCGCGUCAUCUGUAUGCGACCGCGCUCUUCCACGCGGGACUGACGCAGUCGGCGCUGUGUGUCGUGAAUGUAGCGCCGACGGACGUAUGUCAGGGAUGCCACGAGCUCAAGGCCAAGUGUUGUACGGCAAUCGGGAGGUACAGGCAGGCAAGGGAGAGCCUCGAGGCGAGCUUGAGGAACUCCAGUUAUGUCCCUUCCCCAUCUAUGGGCCCCAGAACUGCCGCCGCUUUUCCGGAAGAAGGAGUCCUACACUGUCGCGCAGGGCAGAUGGCGCUGAAGGGACAUCUGCCCGAUCAGGCCGCACCCAGUUUUCGCCAAGCUUUGACCCAUAACCCGAUGCUAUGGGAAGCGUUCGAGGGCCUUUGCGCAACAGGGUUAGCGCCGGAAGUUGACGAGCUCUUCCCAACGCGGCCACCACCCGUCAAACAGGGUCCUCCAUCAGAGGUACCCCCAACAAGACCACCGGCUCAACCUGUUCCGGUUGCUUCAGGCGCUGGCUUCUUCACUCCUGCAGGGCCCGCGAACGCAGCCGGGAAUCUUUUUCUGCGCCAUAAUCAACCCCUACAGCCAUUUCGAAUGACCCCUGGCAACGAAUCGCUCCCCGACAACUCCAUCCAGACCUCCAUCCGCCCCAACCGCAUAGCCGGCAUCAUGCCCCCUCCUCCCGCCCCUCUCAACGCCCACACCCAGCCAUCCGCGCCCGUCCCUGCCCCCCAGCCCGUCCCCCCGCGCCCCCUCUCCUCAGCCGACGAGACCGGGCCCGUGACCAAGCGGCUGCGCCAGACGUCGACGCGACGAAACGGACAGAACGCCGCCGCGACGGACGCCGUAAAGCCCACUCCUCCUUCGACCCUCGAUACGGACGACACGUCGAAAAAGGCACGCGCACGCCCGGCAUUGACGCUUGCUAAUAUCUUCUCAUCAUCCGGUCGUCGUUCCCAGCCCAAGGCCGCUGCUGCCAGCGCGAAGAACGGGCGGGAGCCUGCGGCGGCUGUCACCCGGAGGAGCACGCGGUUAUUGAACGGUGGUAGUAAGCCGGCUGGCAAGACAAGCACCCGGAGAAGACCUGCGGUCCAUGGUCGGACGCGAUCCAACGACACAGAGGGUGACGAGGAACUGCAGACCGGCAGCGAGAAUGCGUAUUCGCCCUCGCCUCCUGCCGUGCCCCAUUCUGAAGAAUCACCCGCACCCACCGUUUGGACAACAGCAGACGAGCAGGCAGCGCAAGACGCUUACUUGAUGGAGCAGGCUGAUCUUUACAUAUACGACCUAAUGCGUCUCUUCGCGCGGGCAACGCGUGCUUUGGCCAUGUACGACACGAAGUUGUGCUUACAAGAGCUCGAGAAGCUUCCCGCAAUACACCAGCGAAGCCCAUGGGUCAUGUCCAUGGUCGGCAAGGCGCAUUACGAAAGGGCCGAUUACGCCUCGUCGGAGCGCGCGUUCCAGGCCGUGCGGACGCUGGAGCCGUUCCGGCUCUGGGAUAUGGACGUGUACUCCACCCUGCUUUGGCACCUGCAGAAGCCCGUGCAGCUCUCGUUCCUCGCGCAGGAGCUGAUCGGGAUCGACCCGCGCGCGCCGCAGACGUGGAUCGCGGUCGGCAACUGCUUUUCGCUGCAGAAGGAGCGCGCGCAGGCGCUGACGUGCUUCCGGCGCGCGGUCCAGCUCGACCCCGGGUGCGCGUACGCCCACGCGCUGAGCGGGCACGAGACGCUGGACGAGAACGUGGAGGAGGCGAUGGCGCACUUUCAGGCGGCGCUGCGCGCGGAUUCGCGCCAUUAUUCCGCUUGGUACGGCCUGGGAUCGUGCUAUCUCAAGACGAACAAGCUGCGAAUGGCGGAGUAUCACUACCAAAGGGCCUCGGACAUCUGUCCGGGGAACGCGGUUAUGGUCGCGUGUUUGGCUAUCUGUGCGGAGCGGCGCCACGAUACGGAAGCCACGAUGAGGUAUCUCAACAAGGCUAUCCAGCUGUCGCCCGAGAACGCGCUCGCACGUUAUCGGCGAGCGAAAAUGCUUAUCAGCAUGAAGCGCUACCAGGAAGCGAUUACGGACCUGGAGCACCUGCACGACUCGUCGCCCGGGGAGUCGAACGUUGUGUUCCAGCUCGCGAAGGUGUACCGGCUCAUCGGGGACGCGCUCAAAGCUGCGCAGCUGCUGGCUGUUGCCCGGGACCUCGAGCCGAAGAGCGUGGGAAAGCUGCAGAAGCUCCUGGAGACGGAAAAGGACGAGAGUCAGGACCAUCAAAUGGACGUCGGCUGAGAUCGCCUCAUUGAGGGGGACCUGUCUGUCCCUUGGUCGCGGGGCCCAUCAGAUCUGCAGAGUUAUUGAUUCGAUUGUCUCGGAUUUCGCAUGGACAUGAUACUAAUCAUCGGUUCGAGUCGUUGUUGUUGCAAUGUGCUGUGUAUAUUUAAACUCGCAAUACGGAUCGUGAAUGACGCGG